AUGGACGACAAAUUGCGCAAGGCCCGAAAAGCUCGCUGGCGAUCGUGCGCCAGGGACACGUCGGAAGUUCUGUACAAUCUCCGGUAUCUGUUUGUGAUCUCGGUGACUGCCCUGCUCAUUUUGGUCCUGCGUUACCGACACCAUCCACAGGAGCAACGCGUGGAAUCGCACCGGGAAGAGUUCGUUCUGCCCAACGUGGCCCACCGGUUGGUAUCCAAAACAGACCGCAACGACGUGGCACGGCCGUUGGUGUCCAAAGCAGACCGCAACGAUGUGACCGGGAAGUUGGUGUCCAAAAUAGACUACAACGACUACCAGCAGAUUCAGCAGGAUCUCGAGCGCAUCGGACCGGGCGAGCAGGGAAAACCGGCCACGCUCAGCCCAGCAGACAGUGAAAGUGAACUGCGCCAGAAGCUGUACUUCCAGAACGGCUUCAACGCGCUGCUUAGCGAUAAGAUCAGCGUGAACCGCUCCGUGGCGGACCUGCGGCACCCGAGCUGUCGACUGCAGACCUACUCGAGCCAGCUGCCGGUGGCCAGUGUCGUGAUACCGUUCUACGAGGAGCACUGGAGCACCCUGCUGCGUACGGUUUACAGUGUGCUGAACCGCGCUCCGGCCCAUCUCCUGCAGGAGGUAAUUAUCGUAGACGAUGGCAGUACGAAAGAGUUUCUCAAGGGCCAGCUGCAGGAGUACGUGGAUCGGCACCUGCCAAAGGUGAAGCUGAUACGGCAGGGCAACCGCACGGGGCUGAUCAAGGCCCGGCUUGCCGGGGCAAAGGUGGCCACCGGAGAUGUGCUCGUGUUUCUCGAUUCCCACACCGAAGCCGGUGUCAACUGGUUGCCACCGUUGCUGGAGCCGAUCGCCCAGAAUCCCGGGACCUGCGUUUGCCCGCUGAUCGACGUGAUCAACGAUCAAACGUUCGCCAUGACUCCGCAGGACAACGGCGGCCGGGGGCUGUUUGACUGGAAGUUCCACUACAAGCGGAUCGCAAUCGCGCCAAAGGAUACAGUGUCUCCGACGGAGCCGUUCGAGAGCCCGGUCAUGGCGGGCGGGUUGUUCGCCAUCGGGGCCGAAUUUUUCUGGCAGCUCGGCGGGUACGACGAAGAGCUGGAUAUCUGGGGUGCGGAGCAGUACGAGCUGAGCUUCAAAAUAUGGCAGUGCGGCGGGCGAAUGCUGGACGCACCGUGCUCCCGGUUCGGGCACAUCUACCGCACCUACAGCCCGUUUCCGAACUCGCGGAAGUACGACUUUGUCACGCGCAACCACAAGCGGGUGGCCGAAGUGUGGAUGGACGACUACAAACACUACAUCUACGAGCGUGAUCCGGUUCGGUACGCCAAGUCCGAUGCCGGCGACCUAAGCAAGAUGAAAGCGAUACGCCAGAAGCUACACUGUAAGCCAUUCGACUGGUUCCUGCGGGUGGUGGCACCCGAGAUCUUGGAACUGUACCCUCCGGUCGAGCCGAAAGAGUUCGCUUCCGGUGCCAUCCAGAGCGUGGCUAAACCGUCGCUCUGUAUCGACACCAUGCAGCGAGGUCGCGGAAAACCGAUCGGAAUGUUCGCCUGCCCGAGCGAUCUGGUGCAGCCGGAUAACCACAACCAGUACUUUAUCCACAGUUGGCACCGUGACGUGCAGCUGAAGACCGACGACCAGUGUUUGGACACACCGAACAGUGCACCGGGAUCGCCGGUCACGAUGUACACGUGCCACCAGCACCAGGGCAAUCAACUGUUUCAGUAUGACCACCGUACGCAGCAAAUCAAACGAAACGACCAAAUUUGCAUCGACUGUGAUCCUUCCGCGAAAACGGUGUUUGUGAACCGGUGCGACCCGGAAAGCCCAACACAGCGCUGGAAGUUUGGCAAAGUGAACCUGAAGCUCCUGAAGCAGUGGGACACGUAUGGGGCUAAGUUUCUUGCCUUACUGGCCGAUCAAGUACUAAACCUCCAUCGAUCGCUCGGAACAACUCGCCAUUCCAGGUGCCGUGAGCUCCAGUACUCCCGAAGUCUGCCGUCCGUCAGCGUCAUCGUACCGUUCUACGAGGAGCACUGGACCACGCUGUUGCGCACCGUUUACAGCGUGGUAAGACGUUCGCCGGCCAGGUUGCUGAAAGAAAUCAUCCUCGUCGAUGAUGGCAGCACGAAACCGUUCCUCAAGCAGCAGCUCGACGACUACGUGGAGAAGCACCUCAAGUCCGUGGUGAAAGUGGUUCAUCUGCCCGAGCGGGCCGGUUUGAUAACGGCCCGGUUGACCGGUGCAAAGCUGGCCACGGGUGACGUGCUACUGUUUCUGGACUCACACGUCGAGGCAGGAAUCAAUUGGCUGCCACCGUUGCUCGAACCGAUAGCGCGCGAUCCUCGCACCUGCGUGUGUCCCUUCAUUGACGUCAUCAUGGACGAUACGUUUGAGUUUGUCCCCCAGGACCAGGGCGCCCGCGGUGCGUUCGACUGGAAUAUGCUGUACAAGCGGCUCCCGCUGCGACCGGAAGACCUCCGGGACCCCACGAAACCGUUCCCCAGUCCGGUGAUGGCCGGUGGUCUGUUUGCCAUCAGUGCCCGGUUCUUCUGGGAGCUCGGCGGCUACGAUGAGCAGCUGGAGAUCUGGGGCGCCGAGCAGUACGAGCUGAGCUUCAAGAUUUGGAUGUGCGGCGGGCAGCUGAUUGACGCUCCGUGUUCGCGGGUCGGCCACAUCUACCGCAGCUAUUCCCCGUUUCCGAACGCGAAAACGUACGACUUUGUGGCCAAAAACCACAAACGGGUGGCCGAAGUGUGGAUGGACGAGUACAAACAGUACGUGUACCGGAGGGAUCCGCAGCGAUUCGCCAUCGAUGCGGGAGAUUUGUCGAAAAUGAAGCAACUGCGCCGCCGGUUGCACUGCAAACCGUUCCGCUGGUUCAUGGAAACGAUCGCACCGGAUCUUAUCGAGUGGUACCCACUGAUCGAGCCGGAAAACUUCGCUUCCGGUGUCAUCCAGAGUCAGGCGAAUGCCAACCUGUGCGUCGAAGUGGAGGGCAUUUCGGUUGGCGUCAAACGUAUCCUGCUGGCACCGUGCGCCAGUGACAAAGUCGAACCCGAACGCCCGGGACAAAACUUCCAGUUCACCUGGCGGCGCGACAUCAAAUCGGCGCUCUUCUCGUCGGAGUGUUUGGACAUGUCGGAACACUCGCCCAACGCGCAGUUGAAGCUGAUCGGCUGCCACAAUCAGCAGGGCAAUCAGCUGUUUCAGUACGACGUGGACACCAAACAGAUCUACGCGGGAAGGGAAAAAGCGUUCUGCCUAGAGGCUCAGCUAUCGCGCCGUCAGCUCACCGUCAACGUCUGCAACGGAGCGCUCCAAACCCAGCACUGGCGCAUUGGUCAAAUGAACGUACAGCUUCUCAGGAACUGGCGCAAACACGGCGCAAAGCUAGUUGAUUGA